GUGAAAUGAAGGAAAAUUCUGAAAGGGAUCCAUCCAAUCUAUUUGUGUUAACAUGCUUACGGAGUCUAGAUUUGCCACACUCUGGGAAGUAUUUGCCUAGAUCAAUAGGUAAAAUGAUCCAUUUGAGGCAUCUUAAUCUCUCUUUUUGUCGUCAAUUGACUUGUUUGCCCAAGAGUAUAAGUAACUUGGUCAAUUUGCAAACAUUGAGAUUGACCGGCUGUGAGAAUUUGAAAUUUCCUGGAGAUAUUAUCACAAAGUUUGUAAAGUUGCGCUGGCUUGAUAUAACAUAUUGCAAGGCCCUUGAUGAUGGAAUGCCUAUGGGGUUGGGCAAAAUGAUUUGUAUGCAAAGGUUGUCACAUUUCAUAGUGGGUAAUGAUGAUAAGGAGAUAAAGAAAGCCAAAUUGAACGAAUUGAAAGAUCUUAACCUCAGAGGUAGAUUAGCCAUUGAGAAACUUGAUUCAGUAAGGGAUGUAGAGGAGGAGUCGAAGAAUGUUAAUUUGAGAACAAAGAAAAACCUCAUUUCCUUGACCUUGAAUUGGGGAGAUGAUCCAAAGAUGGAAAAAAGUGAUGCCAUGCGAUUACUGGAAAAUCUUCGCCCUCAUCAAAAUUUGAAGACACUAGAAAUAGACUGGUACCCGGGGGUAUGCCUAUCCGAUUGGCUUGUGUCAUGUACAAAUCUUGUUCAAUUAAAGCUUGUUGAAAUCAACAAUUGUCAAUACUUACCAGUUUUAGAAGGCUUUGUUUCUCUCAAGACUCUUCACAUAACGGGGAUGCAUAACUUGGAGUGCAUAUACUAUGAAGGAUGUUCAUCAUCAGCCAACUUCUUCUCAUCUUUGGAGGAAUUAACAAUUUACUCGUGUGAAAGUUUAAAGGGGUGGCAAAGGGAGGCAAAUGUCCAAAAUACAAGAGAUAAUGAGUGGCAUGGUUCACUGCCUCCAUUUUCACGUCUUUCAGCGUUGAGAAUUCGUAAUUGCCCAGACUUAAGAUGCAUGCCUACUUUUCCAAAUCUCGUGACGCGUUUGGAAUUAGUCAACUCCAGCAUGACGCCAUUGGUAGACACAUUAAGUAUGAGCACAAUUGGGCUGUCAACAUCACAUGAUAUGACUCCAUCUCUUUCCAUGCUCAAGUCUCUUGACAUUGGAGGGAUGGAAACGGAAGCAUUACCAGAGGAAUGGAUGCAAAAUCUCUCCUCUCUUAAAGAUCUCUCCAUUGGGGGAUUUUCCAGUCUAGAGAAACCAUUUCUUCAUAUGCGGAAUCUAUCUGCUACACUCAAGAGAUUGACUAUUGACCGACUUGGUGAUGAGGAUUGUAACAUACAGUGUCAAGACCUUUGUUGCCUACGUUCUCUCCAAACAAUCAGUUUUUCUUAUUGUGAUCACCUCAUAGCUUUACCCGAGUGGAUUUGUGAUCUCCAGUCACUGCGCUAUAUGCACAUUUCGAAUUGUAAAAGCUUGGAGUUAUUACCAGCAGAAAUGUCUCGCCUCACUACUUUACAAACACUAGAACUCUCUGGAGUUCCACUUCUAGAGGACAAAUGCAAGGGAGAAACAGGAGCAGAGUGGCCAAAAAUUGCUCACAUCCCAAAUAUAACGAUCAUUAAUUGGUUUCUAGUGCCAACCUAUAUUUCCAAGAGAAGAAGGCCUCGCAGAGCAUGCUCUGCUCACUGAAGCUUUAAGACGAGGUACUCUACUGCUACUUAAAUUGAUUAUUACUAUAGUAUUCGCCAACUAAAUAACUUGUGCGCCCUUUAAAUUUCAAACUAGUUUUGUCCAGCUACAUGGAUUAUAAAACUUUGAAAACAUUCAAAGAUGAUUGGUUUUA